AUGGGGUCAUCCACCAUUACUGAAACUCAAAACGCCCCUCUUUCUUUGCAGGGUGCCAAUAUCUUCAACGGUGACUCUUCCCUCGCCAACGCUACCAAUGCCGUAUUUGAUUGGCCUUCCUUUGAAUUUGCUCCAAUCAGAGAGUCAGAAGUCUCUAGGGCAAUGACUUCCAGGUAUUUUAAGGAUUUGGACAAGUAUGCAGAGUCGGACAUUGUUAUCGUUGGGGCAGGUUCUGCUGGUUUGUCAUGUGCUUAUGUCCUUGCAACGGCUCGUCCAGACUUGAAAAUUGCUAUAAUCGAGGCAAAUGUUGCUGUUGGAGGUGGCUGCUUCCUCGGUGGUCAAUUGUUCUCGGCUAUGGUUCUCAGAAAACCUGCCGAUGAGUUUAUCAAAGAGUUAGGUAUUGAUUACGAUGACGAGGGUAACUUCAUUGUCAUCAAGCAUGCCGCACUAUUUAUUACGACCCUUUCUUCCAAGGUUUUGGCUUUGCCCAAUGUCAAAUUGUUCAACGCUACAUGUGUUGAGGACUUGAUUACUCGGACUGCCGCUUCCGGUGAUGUCAAUGUCGCGGGUGUUGUUACCAAUUGGACUUUAGUCUCCAUGCACCAUGAUGAUCAAUCCUGCAUGGAUCCUAAUACGAUUAAUGCCAAGGUUGUUAUUUCUUGCACUGGUCACGAUGGUCCAAUGGGUGCUUUCUGUGUCAAGAGAUUGGCCGCUCAGGGUUUAUUGAAGAGGAACAGAAUGGGCUGUCUUGAUAUGAACAGAGCUGAGGAUGCCAUCGUCAGAGGAACCAGGGAGGUUUUCCCAGGCUUGGUCUGCGCCGGUAUGGAGCUAUCUGAGUGCGAUUCUUCUAACAGGAUGGGCCCGACCUUUGGAGCCAUGGUCUUAUCUGGAGUUCAUGCCGCCGAAGUGGCAUUGAAAGUCUACGAGCGCAUUUAG